AAAGAUCACGACUCAGGAAAAUCUCUGAUAGUUGCAGAGUUCAAUGCGCUGAAAUAACAGACAAUUGCGAAGCAAAGAGCUGAACACGUUUGUAAAGAUAAGAAAGUCUGACCAAGACAGACUCUCUUAUUUUAACAAAUAGCUCUAUGCCUCACUCAAAGCCCCCAAAAUACUUUCGAGAGGGCAACCCUGGCAAGUAUUUUAAAAAUCGUAAAAGUGUUGUGAGUCAGCAAUCUCAUGAGUUCAAAUAAGGACAUUGAAAGUAAAAAUAUAAAUAUCAGCAGAAUCCAGAUUCCGUUCAAAUAAGUCAAGCUUUAUAGAUGGCUCACUAAAUGACGAAACCUCUUACAAGCGGCACAAAAUUUCAGCAGGUCAUAAUAAAGAGUUGCCCCUACACCGCCAGUUACGAGAGAAGAGAUCCUCAGCUGAGAUAGAGUCAAGCAAGGCGAUCCCUGAGAGUUUCCCCUCAAUUGAAGUUAUUGAUACCAAAACAAAAUAACUCCAAAAAUGUUCAUAAAAGUUAUUAUAACUCGUUUUAUAAAAAUGAAGAACAAAUGAAACCACUACAGCCAUCUAAUAUGCAAAAAGGCACUAGCUCUCUGGUUAAUCUCAGUCGGAGGAUAAAACGGCCUGGAGUGACUGCUUCAGUCCUACCAAGGCUCAAAAAAGGAUCCACAAAGCUUACUAUUGGAGGCAAAGGGAAAAUAAUAUUCAGCAAUCAAGAUCAGAUUCCUAUUAUGUUCAGAGAACGACUGAAAUAAUGUAACA